CAGCUGACGAGGGGUGGUAACCCAUAACAAAGCCGGCCAGAAGCUGGCAGCGGCGUCGAACUGUGCCCUGGGUAGCGCGGAGCUGACCAAAGUGAUAUCCAAGUGUCAGUGGAUAGUGUUGAACGUUGACCGAGGGACAGUGAACGGUGGACAGCGCGAUGCGGUCAUCCGUGGUGCUGACGCUGGCGCUGGUGCUGGUGUUGUGCGCGGCGCUGAGCGCCGGCGACCGGCGGCGCCCGGACGGAGGCCAGGCACAGCACCACCGGCGCGACGGGGCCGACGAUAGCAGAGAGCACCAUCACCACCACCACGGCAGUCAGGGGCGUCAGCGUUACCGCGGUGACGACGACAGCGACGGGAAUGACAGCGACGACGAGGAUGAUGGUGACGAUCACCACCACCACCGGUUCGUCGAGCUAGCAGACUCGGACGGGAGUCACUGGAGGCACGGCCACGAUCGAGGUCACGGUCACGGUCGAGUUCACGGUCACGAGGGUCGCACCGAGUCGGACGGUCACGGAACAAAAGCUGCUCAGAAUGGUCGCAAUAACGGGGGUAAGAACGGCCAGCAGGACGGCAGAAAGGACGGCAAGAAGGAUGGUCAGAAGAAGUCGAAAGACCGGCGCGGUGGCGGGGAUUCUGAGGACGUUCGUCACCACCAGGGGAGCGGUCAUCGUGAGGGGAACCACCGCGACGAGCAGCACCAGCACCAACACCAGCAUCGCGGCGACGCCCCCUCCAAGAAGAACUUCUCCAAGAGCGCCAAGCAGACGUCCGGGCGUCCUGAGGAGCGACACAACCCCGCGCACGGUCCCGAGUCUCCUCAGAUCGCCGACCCCGACUCCGGCGAGCUCUCCCCCGCAGCGGCGUCGGUAGCGGCGGCGAUGACAGCCUCAGAGGCUGACACCGCCCUCUCUGCGGCCGAGGACGACUCUGGGGAGACCGCCGAGCCGCUGCCUCCUCCGCACCAGGACGUGGCGGCCAUGGCCCGCUACAUCGUGCACGUCUCCGACUGGGCGGCCAUGGCCACCAUCUCUACCCGGCCGCCGACGCGCGGCAUGCCCUUCGCCAACGUGUUCUCUGUGUGCGACGGGACGCGCUACCGGUCCACGGGCGUGCCCUAUCUCUACCUCACCGACAUGGAGAUCUCCGUGAAGGACCUGCGCGUCAACAACAGCGCCUCGCUGACCAUGAGUCUGGCGCAGACCGAGUUCUGCCGGCGGCGCGGGUACGACCCGGAGGACCCACUGUGCGCGCACGUCAUCCUCACUGGCCGCGUUCUGCAGAUGGACGAGAACGACCCCGAGUAUGUGUUUGCGCGUGACGCCCUGUUCGCGCGUCACCCGGAGAUGAGCGGCUGGCCGGUCGGCCAUCACUUCUUCGUGGCCAAGCUAGACAUCUUCAAUAUCAUUGUGCUCGACUACUUCGGCGGCGCCAAGACGGUGCCGGUGGCCGAGUAUUUCGCCACCAACCCGUUCAAGGCCCACCCGCGCCGGGAGAACAUGCUGUAACGGCACUGCAGAUGCGUGUCGAGCCGCCAGUCAUGGAGACUGGAGAGUGCAGAGCUUCGGGGCGAGCUCUACCAGACUCACGGCUAGAGAAGCUUUCAUUCAGCUUCUCGCUAUUAUAUUGACAACUGCAUAUGUAUGCAUAUCCUAAUCUGUGCCCAUGCGAAGUACUGCAUCCCCUUACGUCCCCUGGUGUUCCCUCAGGUAGAUAGGUAUGCGCUGUGGUUUAUUUUUUAUUGAAUUAUUUGCCAUCCUAUGUGCGGUCUGUUAGCUUCCGACAUUUCUCACGGAACGAAAAAGUGUUUUGCGAAAUAUCGUUGCAAAAUGGUACGAAAAAGGGGCGUGUCGUGUCACAACCUUUAAACACAAAUGGAUCAAGCGUAUAUUCUAUCCUUGUAUCGAACCCGUGUGAUAUUUUAUGUUAAAUGUUUAUUUCUACAUUUAUUCUGCUACCAUAUUAAGUUUACCUUUGCAUUGGUGUUAGGUAUUAUAUCAUUCAGCAGCAAUGAGGUUUUCAAUAAAUUUCCUCGCAGUCAUUUGUUGAAAACGUAUUCCUUUUUCCUGUAUUUUCUUCUGCAUGAAGUGUUUGGUGCAUACCUGUUAUGUUCUUAUGAAACUGGAGAUCUAAAAAUAAGCGGUCCUUACAUACCGAUAA